AUUAAAUUCUCGGACUAUAAGCUAUAAGCUAUUUCGAAGUUGCCUUUGUUUUUCUUUUUCUUCCAGCUGUUUUCUGCUUCUUGAAAAUGGAAAACUUGAAAGCUCCUUUCAAGGGUAUUGCAAAUGAUGUCAAAGGAAGAGCAGCUUGUUACAAACAAGACUGGGUUGCUGGUAUUCGUUCAGGAUUGGGGUAUACCCUCCCUAUACAUUUGAUAAAAGUCCUAGCUGAAGAAUUGUACUUGGCUUGGGCUGGAUGGGUUUGUAUUUGGACUGCUCUCUUGUUGUUUCUCCUUGCAACUUUCAAUGCUUGCACGAUAAUCAAUCGGUUCACAAGGGUUGCCGGCGAGCUUUUCGGCAUGUUGAUUAGUGUUCUGUUUAUUCAAGAGGCCAUCAAGGGAUUGGUGAGUGAGUUUCAAGUUCCCGAAGAUCAAGAUUCGAAGUUAGAGAAGUAUCAGUUUCAAUGGCUUUACACAAAUGGACUGUUGGGAAUCGUAUUCUCGUUUGGCCUUCUCUAUACCGCCUUGAAAAGCCGAAGGGCGAGGUCAUGGUGGUAUGGAACAGGGUGGUUUAGAAGCUUCAUUGCAGACUAUGGGGUCCCUUUAAUGGUUGUAGUGUGGACAGCAAUGUCUUUUAGUGUACCAAGCAAAGUUCCAUCUGGGGUUCCAAGAAGGCUCUUUAGUCCUAUGCCAUGGGAAUCUGCAUCGUUGCAACAUUGGACUGUAAUUACGGAUAUGGGAAGGAUCCCUCCAUUGUAUAUCUUUGCUGCAUUCAUUCCAGCUGUGAUGAUCGCGGGACUUUACUUUUUCGACCACAGUGUUGCGUCACAGAUGGCACAACAAAAGGAAUUCAAUCUCAAGAAUCCGUCUGCGUAUCAUUACGACAUCCUGCUGCUCGGAUUCAUGACUUUACUUUGUGGAUUAAUCGGUCUCCCUCCUUCGAAUGGUGUCCUACCACAGUCUCCUAUGCAUACCAAGAGCCUUGCAGUUCUCAAAGGGCAGCUGAUCAGACGAAAAAUGGUGGCGAGUGCGAAAGAAAGCAUAAAUCAGAAGGCUAGCAACUCCGAGAUAUAUGGCAAAUUGCAGGCGGUCUUCAUCGAUAUGGACAAGAGUCCAGAAACUGCAGUAGUUAAGGAGUUGGAAGACUUGAAGAAGGCAGUUAUGAAAGGUGAAAAGGAAGGAGAAAUCGAGAAGGAAAAAUUCGAUCCCGAAAAGCAUAUUGAUGCCUACUUGCCCGUUCGAGUUAACGAGCAGAGAGUGAGCAAUCUUUUGCAGUCACUCCUAGUUGCUGCAUCAGUAUGUGCUAUGCCUGCAAUCAAGUUGAUACCUACAUCGGUUCUUUGGGGAUAUUUCGCAUACAUGGCCAUCGACAGUCUUCCGGGGAAUCAGUUCUGGGAAAGGAUGCUACUUCUCUUCAUUACACCUAGCAGGCGAUACAAGGUAUUGGCAGGUGUCCAUGCUUCAUUCGUGGAGUGGGUACCAUACCGAUAUAUCGCGAUGUUUACGCUCUUCCAGCUCGUAUAUCUCCUAAUAUGCUAUGGUGUUACAUGGAUUCCCAUAGCUGGAAUCUUGUUCCCUUUGCCCUUCUUCCUUCUCAUCAUCAUAAGACAAUACAUUCUCCCAAAGAUCAUCCUCCCAAAUUAUCUCCGGGAACUCGAUGCGGCCGAAUACGAGGAAAUGACUGGAGCCUUCCCAAGAUCAUCCCUCGGCCUCUCUUCAAGGGACAUGGAUACAUCUUGUAUUGAGAAUGAAGAUGAUGGAGCUGAAAGAUUUGAUGCUGAGUUAUUAGACGAGUUGACAACAAGCAGAGGGGAGUUAAAGGUCCGAACCGUUAGCUUCGGAGAGGAAAGGAAAGGCCAGGUUCAUCCAAAUGAUAUUGUUGAGGAAGAAUGAGAUGAGUUGACAAACAUGAACAAUCAUGUAGGGUUCUUAGAUAAUCUUUUUCCUCCAAUCAACCUCUUAGUAUAUGUAAAAUGUAAUUCUCUUUCCAUGAAAACUCAA